GUGAGCGACUGCCGCAUCCUGAAGCCGAGGUUCGAGCACGGCGUGCGGAACCGCAGCAUCAACGACGGGGCGCUCGAGAUGUUCGAGGAGCCCGGCCUGGAUGGCUUCCCGAAGGGCCCUCGGGUCACCCUGGGCACGGCCGCCACCUUGCGCUCUCAGGGCCUCGCGUGGCAGACCCAGUGCAACCUGCCGAACCUCGUGGGGGCCGAGCUGUUGGUGCGCCGCAAGAGCGUGCUGGAGGAGGCGCGCUCGUCCUCCCCCAGCGACCCCGACUACAGCGCCCUCGACAUCAUGAUGGGCUGGGCUGAGACCCAAGGCAUGGGCAGCAUGCCCGAUGCUCUGAUGAGCUGCACGGCCAACAGGCUUAAGGAUAAGGCGGCGAUCUCGAAGGAGAAGAGGAAGGCUAUCUACGAGCUCAGGCUGGGGGGCAAAUACGGCCCUGGCAAGGACCAGAAGGACCCCGACACGCGACUGCAGCGGGGCUUCGACCGCAAGAGAGCAGUUUUGAGCCGCGCCUCCGAUUGCGUCGAGGCGCUGAAUUGUUGCAUGGCGGACGCCAGCCGCCUUGCCCUGUCGAGGGACAACUCUCGGCGGCUCGACAAGUUCGGGGAGUUCGGGCAAAUCCAAGGUCUCUCCUUGGCCAACCUGAAGCUCUGCGACGACGCGCUGUGCGACUUCGCCGACCUGCCGUUCCCGGGCGGCGAGCAGGCGGGCGCUGGGGCCAAGGAGGUCCUGGCCCUCGCGCUGGCGCUCAGUUGUUACCUGGGGCUUUCCGAGCGCAUCACGAUCGUGGAAAACGACUUCUUCGAGCCGGCGGCGAACGUAGGGGGGCCGACCAAGGUGGGCCAGUUCGACGACGCGCUGCCCCUGGACAGCUGCGACUUCCUCGACUUGGGCGCGCUCCUUGCGCGGCGGGGAUCGGGGGGUUUGGCUUCUCAGUUUCAGCCAGACGCAGCUGCUUCGCCGCUUUCAGCAGUCGGCCUCGGGUCGCUGAACCUCGAGAUGCACCAGCCCUUCGGCUUCCCGGAGUCUGCCGUGGCCUCUCCGCAGACGCGGGGGCCAGCGGUCCUCCUGUACCCCGAGGACCUCGGCGGCAUCGACCCCGACACCAUCUACCAGGGCCUCCCUUCCGGCCGCCCGCUGACGCUGCUGGCCGCGGGCUACAGCUCGACGGUCAAGGCGCGCGCGGGCGAGUAUUGGGGCGACGCCGUCGUCGACGGCGCCGUGGACACUGGCAACAACGCCUGGGCGGCGCUAGCGUUCGCCCACUACGCCGCCGCGGCCGGCGCGAGGUCCCGCCCAGAGGCCGGGUGCUACGCAGCAGUCGGACGGGACAUCUUGGAGGCGUUGGCCCGCGCCGCCAUGUGUAGCGACGCGCUGGGCGGCUACCUGGGGCGGCUCCCUCCGUACGAGGACAACUACCGCUCCACGGAGCACAACAUCGACAUGGCGGCGCUCGCGCAGGCGCUGGGCGACACCGCAGUCGCAGCUCACGCCGAGCGUUUCGUGCAGCAGAUGCACGCGCGCAACCCGGGGUAUCCACAGGCGUAUUCCAUGGGCACGGGCAAGGAGCUGCGCUGCGACAGCUCGCAGCCCAUGUCUGCCCCCGUUGCCACGGAUGUGCAGUUCUGGAGCCUGCUGGCCGGGGCGGACCCCGAGGGCGUUCACGCGGCUGGCGCCGUAGAGUUCGCGCUGCGGCGACCGGGGCCCCAGCUGCCGCCGCUGCCAGAGGGGGCCCGCGACGCCCCGGGGUCGCCAGAGGAGGCCGCGCGCAUCGCCGCGACGCAGGGCCUGUGGGAGUCAGACGAGGACUCCAUCUGGGCUGGCGACGUCGCGCCCCCGAGGUUGAACGGCACCCGCUUCACCACCUGGGGCCACGGCAUAGAGUGGGAGGAGACCGCCAGCGCGUGCAUGGCCAUGGUGAAGCACAGGCAGCAGCUCGGCGGCGAGGCCGACCCCCGGCUGGCUCUCCGCAUCGAUGAGGCGAGGAACUCCUUGUGCUACCUGCUGGCGAUGUACAAGGGCAUACCCGCGACGGUGCUGGGCGGUAACAUGGAGGCCUGGAAGAGGAACGAUCACCGCUCGGUGUACCCGGGCGGCUCCGACACGGGCAUCAAGUGGACCUAUUUGCGGUACUUGCACGUGGCCGCGACGGCCUGGACGGGGCUGCUGCUGCUGUACCAGGCCGACGGGUCCUCGCCCGUGCUCGAGGAUGCCAACCCGCUGGGGGUGCCCGCCGACGGCGUGCCCCGCGGCCAGGCGGACCUGUCCUGCCUGCCCCCGCGGCCGCGGCCGCGGCGCGACGCGCCCAGCCCGUCGAGCAGCAGGAGGCCGAAGGGACCCAGGGACGGGGACGCAGAUGGGGUCAGGUCGUGCCGACCGCCCGCCUCGGGAGCUGGCGUUAUCUGGCGCUUGCCAGUCCUUCCACUCAUUGCCGGCCUGUGCACGCAGCCUGAUGCCUAGGUCCUGCCGUGCACUCCUGGCCCUCUCCCCUUGUCGGACAAGGCUGGGACGAGGACGGAUCCAUUCUCGAUUCAUGCUCGCCCGAAUUUGUCCUCGCCCUGGCUUCGUCUUACUCUGUAGGUUAGCACAGAUCGUCGCGACAGGCCCCGCCCCCCGACGGGGGCGAGGAGCCGGGUGUUGUUAAUGCCGGCGGCGCGCCCGAGGGCGCCGCCCGAGGCGAGGGGCCCACAGAGAGCGUGCCUGCUCGCCCUCGCGGCCGCCUUUCGAGGUCGGGCGGCCCUCUCGCCGGAGGCAGGGAAGGGACAAGGGCGCCCUCGAGGGCGCGAAGUUAUUCGCGCUUCGCGGGUCGGCUCCGAUUCCUCCUCACCCUCCACUUCUUCCUUGGGAGGCGGCGCGAGAGCGCGAAGUUAUUCGCACUUCGCGCUUCGCGCAGCGCGAAG